AUGGCGACAGACACCGAUAAUAUUUCUGGAUGGGACAACUCGACUGUUAAUGGAAGUUUUGUCAACAUGACCGUUGAUCCUGUAUUGGAGAGAUUCCUACCGUGGUCCCCUCCCGCUCUCAACUGGCUUUGGAUAGUUCUCAUUCCCCUCUAUAUACAGAUAUUUAUCCUGGCCGUUCUCGGAAACGCCCUGGUGAUAUUGACCCUAAUACAGAACAAACGGAUGAGGACAGUCACAAACGUGUUCUUACUGAACCUGUCCGUAAGUGAUCUUCUCCUGGCUGUAUUCUGUAUGCCUUUCAACAUUGUACCAAUGAUGCUCAAGAAUUUCAUCUUUGGGGAGACAAUGUGUUUCCUAAUCCGUUACCUGCAAGGUGUGUCUGUAGCCACUAGUUGCUUCACGUUGGUCGCCAUCGCUUUGGAGAGGUAUUUUGCGAUUUGUCGUCCUCUACACUCCAGGAAAUGGCAGACGUUAUCUCACUCCUACAAAACCAUAGCAGUCUGCUGGGCGCUGUCGUUUGUGGUUAUGAUCCCGAUUCCAGUCUAUACUGAAUUCCGACACCUCAAAAGGGGAAAUAACAUGUGUAUUGAGAGGUGGGAGAACGAGGAGUGGAAAAGGGCUUACACAAUCAUUAUCGACCUUGUCCUACUUAUUUUACCUGUGAUCAUUAUGUCAAGUGCAUACGGCAUGAUCGCAAUGACACUGUGGGUCGGGAUGAAAAGGGACGCCCAAAGUGAAAAGGAAGCCAUGAAUGGCCAUACAAGUGUUCGGGAGGAGACUACAGGGUUUAUGAAGGAUGAUGACCUCUCACCCGUCGCGGAAGGAUUUAGCAGUAAGACGGUCGCACCAGCCGAGACCACCAGCAAUCGGUCAAAAUCUAAGAGAAGGUUCGACUUACAGCGGGGCAUGCGUCAGUCUAACAGCGAAAAGAGCAGGGCAGCAAAACGACGCGUCAUCAAAAUGUUGUUUGCCGUAGUGUACGAAUUUUUCUUGUGUUGGACUCCUUUAUAUAUUAUUCAGAGCUGGAUAAUAUUGGACGAGGAACAUGCUUUGCAACACAUCUCAACGACGCUUUUAGCAUUUAUUAACUUAACAGCGUAUAUCUCUUCGUGUUGCAAUCCGAUUACAUACUGUUUUAUGAAUCGCAAUUUCCGACAAGGAUUUUUGUCUGUUUUUCGUUGUGUUCGUAACAAAAGAUGGAAACGAGGUAAAAGUGACAUGUCGUAUUCCGGUAAUUACCCUUCAAUGUCAAGGACGGCCAUAAGCACAGUUCCAUCUUACGACAAAAUACAUGAUUCAUCGGACAAACCUUCUGAUGACAUGUGA